AUGUGUCUACUGGGAUUUUUGCUGUUUCUUCCGCUGCCGGCGGCGGUACUCGCCGAUUUUGGUCGUGAAAUGCGGGCCACUAGAAUGUCGGUAGUGGAUUUCUGGAAGAAUGAGACGUUAGGCGAUGGUUUCAAUAUUCGUGUCGCUCAUGGAGUGAAUAGUUGGCCUGAUCUCGUUGAUCAGUUGCAUGAACCAUUUCUGAACAAAUCGAUGUUGAUCGAAGGUGAUGUGUUUCUACAAACCGUUCGACGACCACGACAUCGUGCUAUACCAGUGAUGCGUGCGAACGCGAGAACAGCUGAUCGAAUCACAUUCAAAGAAUGGCUUAGAGAGGUGGCAAACCUCAAAAAAGCUAUCAAGAUCAAUUUCCGAUCAACGGAAGUAGUUAGACCAGUGCUACAAUAUCUGUACGCUUCACAAGCGGAUCCAUUAGCUCCCGUGCUACAGUAUCCGGUUAUUCUUCAUGCGAAUGUUUUUCGUUCACCAAGAAGUGUGGAGAAUGUCGUGGAUCCUGCCUCGUUUGUGGAUAGAGCUCGUCGCUUGUUUCCUGAUGCCACAUUGUCCUUAGGAUGGACGAAACAAUCGAAUUUCUCUAUGCUGAAUCCGAAAUACAAAAGGAUAACAUGGCGACAACUGUUCAAAAUCCUCGAAUACAUCGCACGAUUAGAUCAGCCGGUGAUGCUUUCGGUCAGGUUAUCAGUGGCAUCCAAUUCGAAAGAACAACUUCUAUGGUUACUAGGAAUGGAUAAGGCGAUUUCAUUACUUAUCUGGAGUGAUCAUGAUGAUGAGACCAUCGAUUGGGCAUCAGUGGCAGAACUUCGACGGGUAGCCACUAAAAAUCGAGUAUUGUACGAUUUAGAACCACGGCAUAGAGAAAUAAUUCAACGGAUACCGAAUAGUUCGAAUGAGCAUCAAAAAGAGCCAAGCUUUUCCCUAUCCUCCUGGAGAGCCGUAGAAUUCGCCACCGCACAGGAUAUGCUGUCAACAGUGGUCAGAUCCAAGAACGGAGCGGUGUUUCUCGGACAUCCUGCUGCUCUUCUUCUUUCACAAACUCCACCUCCUCUAUUUCCAAGUUCUCAGCGAGUUGAGGGAAAGGUCCAUUUCCUUCCAAAAGCUGCCAGAAAUGAGGUGGAAGUGGACGAGAAGACAGGACUUGUAAUCUAUCUGCUCGACAAGGUCGUAGAAAUUGAGUCUCCGGAAAUUAAGGAUGCGCUGAAGGUGUUUAUCGGUCAUGACGGAAGAAUAGCAAUAGAAAACAAGGAUAACGUACAACCGUAUUACGAUACGAAAUCAGUUGGACAACUGCCAAUUUCUGAGUGCUACGCCUUUGCCGUGACGGACAAAGGAUGGCGAGUGAUUGCCGACGUUUGGACGACAAAUUGCGGGAAAAAACACGAGAAACGACGGAAACGGGAUGUGGUUCGUAUGGAACUCGACACACCGUUCCUCAAUCAUCGUUCACUGAGGAACGUGGUUGUGGCAAAAUCGGGAGAUGGUGUCGUGGAUUUUCUUCUCGAAGAGCUUCGCCAUAGCUCCGCUCCAUCACCAGCCACAUUAUUGAUCAUCAUCAUCAUACUUACAACUCUUCAUCUACUACUACUGUAG